ACACAAACGGAAACAGAAGAGAGGAAAGGCCCUGGGGAUGCAGCCGCUGCAGGUCUCAAGCUGAACCACUAAGCAACCUGAACUUCUUUGCCUCUUCACUUGGCUGAGUUCCUCUCUUGACUCAGGGUAGAGUGAUGAGCCUGGUAUAGGAAGCUUAGGACCCAGGGGGCGCCUUUCAGCCAGAAAGAAAAAAAAAAAAAAAAAAAAAAAAUACCUCUCGCAGCAGCAAGCUAGCUGGGAAGCUCCCAGUUCUAAAGAGAAGCUGUUUACCAGAAGAGCAUAACAAGGGCAGGUCUGACUGCAAGGCUGGGAACCAGAGGAAGAGCCGCCACCAAGGGGACCCUAGCUGGACCCUGGUUGGUCAAUCACCUGCAGGACGAAGGAAGUGAGGAUGCUGUUGGCCUGCGUGCAAACAAUCCUUGUCAGCAACAUGCUCCUGGCAGAAGCCUAUGGAUCUGGAGGCUGCUUCUGGGACAACGGCCACCUGUACCAGGCUGACCAGCUCUCCCCCUCGCCGGGCCUCCACUGCCUCAACUGGCUGGACGCGCAGAGCGGCCUGGCAUCUGACCCAGAGUCGGGCCCGGGCAACCACAGCUACUGCCGGAACCCGGACCAGGAUCCGCGCGGGCCCUGGUGCUAUGUCAGCGGCGAGGCCGGAGCUCCCGAGAAACGGCUUUGCGAGGACCUGCGCUGCCCAGAGACCAAUUCCCAGGGCCUGCCAACCUUCACAACAGAAACUGAAGAGGCGUCUGAAGUGCCAGGAGGAGAGGAGGUGCAGGUGUUUGCCCCUGCCAAUGCCCUGCCCGCCCGGAGCGAGGUGGCAGCUGUGCAGCCAGUGAUUGGGAUCAGCCAGCGGGUGCGGGUGAACUCCAAGGAGAAAAAGGACCUGGGAACCCUGGGCUCCGUGCUGGGCAUUACCAUGAUGGUGAUCAUCAUUGCCAUUGGAGCUGGCAUUGUCCUCGGUUACACCUACAAAAGGGGCAAGGACCUGAAAGAGCAGCACAAGCAGAAAGCGUGUGAGAGGGAGAUGCAGCGAAUCACCCUGCCCUUGUCUGCCUUCACCAACCCCACCUGUGAGAUCGUGGAUGAGAAGACUGUCGUGGUCCACACCAGCCAGACUCCAGUGGACCUUCAGGAGGGCAGUGCCCCCCUCAUGGGCCAGGCGGGCACCCCAGGCGCCUGAGCUCCCUACGACGGGCAGGAGCCCAUGCAGACACUGGUGCAGGACUGCUAACCCUCCUAGAGUUGGGAGGAUCUACAUUUUUUGUUGUGGUUAAAACCCCCCACUUUUUUUGGUUUGUUUUUGGGGAAUCCUAAGACAGAAGCAGGUGGCACUGUGGGCUGAGGGUGAGGCUGGGGAGGGUUGCACCAGUGCUCUUUAUGCAUCCCUUGGAGCAGGAUUUUGCCAGGGCAUUGGAGAUGAUGGUGGCCCCCACAGCAGUGCUGCUGACAGGGUCUUCCUGUGGCCCCAAACCAAACCAGGGAUGGAUAGGGAGCUCCUCCCAGCUCCUCUGUGCUUUACUGUCCAAGAUGGCCUCAGCCUCUGCCUCCCCAUUUGUCUUCUGUGGGCUUGGGUGGCGCACACUGUUAUUCAUAGUUCAGGUCAAGUAGGUCGAGAGGCGGCAUUUAAAGAAUAUAUUUAGUUUUUUAAAUAUUUGGGAUGCAAUUCCCUACUGACCUGUGAGAAACGCAAAUGAGGCUGUACGAAAGUCAGAACUGUGGUUGAAUACAGGAUCUAGGUGGGGGCUGCUGGCAGUGAUGUGCCUUGACUACCGUGGGCCAUGCUCUGGCCCAGGGACUCUUCCUGUUUCGAAAGGAAAGGAGGGGAAGACUCACACUGAACAUUCCACUUAGGAAGAGGGGAGAGAAGGAUCUACAGCUGCCUCAGGCCAUAGGACCCAAGUGGACCCUGGGUGCCCCAUCCAGUCCCUCUUCAGGGUGGACAGUGACCUGUCUUCAUUCUUCAGGUGUUAAGAAGACAGCCAGCUGACCUGCGGGGAUGACACAUGGGUGGGGCCUUGUGGACUGCUUCUCAGAGGUUAACUCUGCCCCACUGGGAGCUGGGUGAUAGAGUGCUCAUGGCUUGCCCUGCCCUGGCCCGAGCCUGCAGGUGACUCUGUGGCCUCUAGGCCAGAGCCUUCCCAUGGGGCAGUAGAUUGUAAAGCAAUCAUGGAACCAUUGGAAAGAAGCUUAGGGUUCCUCAAGCCUUUGGGGUAGAGGGGCCAGAGGGAGAAGUGAUGCUCAGGGUCACAGAGGAAGCUACUGGCAGGGCCCAGAGGAGAGUAACGUUCCUUUAGGUGCCUGCCCAUUGUGCCUCAGCUCAGCAGGGCCUCCGAGCCUGGCUGCCAUACUUGGAGGCCUCCGCAGUGCUCCCUGCCCACAGCGCUUCCUUCUCAGAGCCCUUCCUCUGCCCUAUGUGGAGGGGGUGGUGGGGCUCAGCCUCUUCCGCAGGCUAUUCCUGGGAGUGAUUUGCUGAGGGGACCUGGGAUUCAGGGGGGUCCCCUGGUGGUAGUGAUGCAGAAAAGAAUAUUACUGAUUUCUACUUUUCUAUGAAAGCAUUUCUCCAUGUACAUGUUUUAUAUACCUCGUCUGACACCUGCGUAUAAAGUGCAGGAAACUGCUCUGCAUUUGACUUACACAAAUACAUUUAAAGAAAAAAAAAAAAAAAAAAAAAAAAAAAA